UGGCUUAAUUAGCAAUAAAUAAGUGAAAUGGUACUGUAAGCAUUGCUUGUGUUGGGAAUGAUGAAUAUGGGUUCAUUGCAAUCAGAAUGUGUUACUGUUUUAUUACUAUUUAUGCUCUUCUUGGCAGUCACACCAUUCAAAUGCAAUGCACAAUCUCGUAUUCCUCCCCACGAUGAAGUGGAAGCUUUUAAAGAAAUAGCUAAGCAACUGAACAAGUAUGUUGACAGGGGCUUCGAUGAUCCUUGUAAUGACUAUUACACAAAUAAAGUCACCUGCGAUUGCUCCAGCUCUGCUAAUAAUGAAUGCCAUAUCUAUAGCUUUGAUUUUUCAGAACAGAAUCUGGAUGGCAAGCUUCCAUCAUCACUAUGGAAGCUACCUUACCUUAAGUUAGUAAAUCUACGACGGAACUUCCUCAUUGGUUCGAUACCGCCAGAAUGGGCUUCAACAAAGUUGGAAUUACUGUAA